AUGGGAAGGUCGCGAAUAUUUGGAAGCGUGGAUUUAUAUCAUUUUUUCGCAGAAAGCAGCGGCCCGCGGGACAUAAGGAAAGUUCGCGGGAAGCAGCUACAUGCCGCGAAGUUUUUCUACCCAACAUUACUCUACCCAAAAGAAGAUAAGAAGCGUAAGAUCCUACUCAGUGCCUGCCGCACCUGUAGUUACACGGAGGUGGCGGAGAGUAACCGCGUGUACAGAAAUGAGAUAACACAGACCACCGAGCGACCUCAGAGCUUUCGAGCUGCUUACGCGGAUCCCACAGUUCCUCGUGAAAAGGAACUCAAAUGCCCUGUCUGCAACCAUCCACAUGUUGCAUUCUUCUUGCAUUGA